ACACCAGGUGGCUUAAAUGAGGAAGCCGCGCUAUCACAUGUUUCCAUCUUCUUUGUUCAGUGUUGGACCGUUUCAAGUUACGAUGAUGUGAUUGUCCAGUUUUUGUAGCGGUAUCUGUACGAAUGUUGAUCUAGGGUAGACUAAAUAUUGAUCUCUUUUCAGCAUUUGGUGACUGAUGAAGGACUUGUAGCCUUUUGUACAAAGGGCAGAUGUUUAGCCUUUAGUCGACAUGGCCUAUUUGAGGGAGAUUAUAGGCCUAUUAUUUAUUAUUAUAGCGCUAUUCUUGAAUCAAAGCCAUCACUCGGUCUGGAGGGGAAAAACGAAGGGAUACAAAGCUUUAAUUAAAGGAUCAUGCCUGCAGCUGUGGUGAUGGACAAGGCUGCCUUGCCUUUAGAUGGAGGCUGGGGGUGGAUGGUUGUGCUUGGGGCACACAUUUCUAUUGGAUUUGCAUACGCCACACCUAAGGCUCUUUCGAUCUUCUUUAAGGAGAUUCAGGGAGAUUUGAUGAGCAGCUACAGUGAUAUUGCAUGGAUCUCCUCCAUAAUGCUAGCUGUAAUGUAUGCUGGAGGGCCUGUUAGCAGUGCAUUGGUCAAUCGCUAUGGAAGCCGGCCUAUAGUGAUGCUUGGUGGACUGAUGUGUGGGAUGUCCAUGGUCACUGCUUCUUUUGGCAGCUCUAUCGUUUACCUCUACCUGUGCAUUGGUGUUAUAGGGGGGUGUGGACUUGCCUUAAACCUAAACGCAUCACUCACCAUCAUCAGCAAGUAUUUCCAUGCCAGACGUCCUUUAGCCAAUGGACUGGCCAUGGCGGGGAGCCCAGUGUUCCUGUGCUUCCUGGCUCCUCUCAACCAGUUCCUCCUGGAAAGAUUUGGCUGGAGAGGCAGUCUGCUCAUUCUUGGGGCGUUGAUGCUCAACUGCUGUGUAGCCGGAGCUCUGAUGAGACCUGUGCUUACUCCAACUCAGAAGAAACUAAAGGAGCAGACCAACGGAAGUACCACCAUCAAAGACUGCCACAUCAAAAAUGUGAAGCAGUUCUUAGAUUUUACCUUUUUUAAGGACAGAGGCUUUGUCAUCUACCUAAUAGGAAACAUCAUGUUCAUCUUUGGAGCCUACGCACCCAUUGUUUUUCUGUCAGCCUAUGCGGUUAGCCAGGGUGUGGACGAGUACUAUGCAGCCUAUCUGCUCUCCAUCAUGGGCUUUGUGGAUAUGUUCAUUCGCCCAGGCACAGGUCUAAUUGCUAACUCUAAGUGGAUCCGGCCUAGAGUGCAGUACUUCUUCAGCUUUGCGAUGGUGUUCAAUGGUAUAUGCCACUUGCUGUGUCCACUCAUCACAAGCUACCCUUUGCUCGUGGUUUAUGCAGUCUUUUUUGGGGUGGGCUUUGGCAUGGUGUUUGCACUCAUAUUUGAGUGUCUUAUGGACCUUAUGGGAAACCAGCGCUUCCCCAGUGCUGUUGGACUUGUCACGAUCAUUGAAUGCGUUCCUAUGUUACUGGGACCACCUGCAGCAGGUUUACUCGUGGACAUCUAUGGAGAUUACAAGUAUCUGUUCUUGAUGUGUGGAGGAGUCAUUGUAACUGGGGGCAUGUUUCUCUUCAUCAUGAACAUGUACCACUACCACAUGCUGAGGACCAGUGCGGACACAGAGGAGACCAGACAGAACAGCACUGUGGACCAGGGACAGGCAAACGUCUCAGAGGUGGAGAUGCAAGCCGGUCCCGAGACAGACCCAAGUGAGACAAAAGCAUGAUGAAACCAAGCUCACAUGUUUGAACUGCAUUAUGUUUUAACUAACCACUGCAUGUACCAUAUUUUCCGGACUAUAAAUCGCUCUGGAGUAUAAGUUGCACCAGCCAAAAAAAUGCAUAAAAAUGAAGAAAAAACAUAUAUAAGUCACACUGGACUAUAAGUCGUAUUUUGGGGGAAAUUAAUUUUACUAAAUCUGAGACCAAGAACAGACAUUUUAUCUUUAAAGGCAAGUUAUAAUGUUAUAAUAACAAUAAUAAAAUGGAGAACAGGCUGAAUAGUAGUAUAGCACGCUAACGUAACCCAUUUAUAUUUAUUCAGCUACAUGAAGCACAGACAGCAAAAUGAAUAUGUGUCUGGUAUGUUAACAUAAGAUAUUAACAGUUAAUCUGAUAACUAAAGCAUAAAAAACAAGCUACGAGUUUAGCACACUCAAUCUCACGCCAAAUCAGUAAAUCCGUUGAAUUCUUCAUCCUCGGUUUCGCUUCUGAACAACUCCGCCUGCUUUGGAGGUAGAUGAAGCACCGCUUCCUCUUCUGCAUGGCUGUUAUCAGACUCAGCAGAAUACGAUUUUCUUUUAGGGGACAUUUUUCUUCAGUCUUUCUCAGAUGUCUUUUUUACCGUUUUACCGUAAUGUUGAAAUUUUUAAUUUUCAAUGGUACAGGAGGAGUAGAUACUGUUACACAGGCCUAGAGAGCACUCGGGCAGUUGUCAGUGUGACAAUAACAAAGAUGUGAAAUUAUAUAUUUUAAUAAUUUCACAUAUAAGUCACAUCUGAGUAUAAGUCACACACCUGGCCAAACUAUGAAAAAAAAAAAGUGCGAUUUAUAGUCCAGAAAAUAUGGUAGUAAUUGGGGAGACAUUUUUAUUUAUAGUGUCAUUUUGAACAUUGCUAGUUUUAAGAGUUUUAAUUUGAUAUUUCUUGUGAAGGUACAGUAUACUGUGUUUAUACAGACUUCUGUUUACAUUGGAAAGUCUUCAGUCAAGAAAACUUUGUCUUAAAUGUUGUUGUUUUUUAUUUUAUUUGUACAUGCACAAAAGCACAUUGCAUUUUGAAGUUUAAGCGCACAGAAGUUGGAUGAAAUGUGUGGAACUACUGUAUUAGAAUAAUGGACUAUCCAUGGGUUUCAGAAUGAUAAAAGAUUAAUAUUGUUGCCAUAGAAAUGACCAUUUAAAAGAUAUAACACAUUGUCUUGAAUUGUUCAACAGCCAUCAAAAAGGCACAAUAUAAUGGAAAGCUGAAACCUAUGAACAGACUAACCUGUUUUUUGUUUUGUUUUUUUCCCCUACCUGGAAACGAUGAAGGUUUAUGCACAUAUACUUGGAUUAAUUGCCUUGCAUAACUCAGGGGUUAGUCACAGCUACUGUAUGCCAUUUUUGUAAUCAAGUGUGUCUUGUAUUAGACUGUCCAGCAUAUCAACAUCCUGUCUUUUAUAAUAAAAUAGGAUAUUUGACCCUU